GAGGAUUCAUGGUGGUGGGAUAGAAAAGGCAAGUGCAGCGACAGGCCAGCACCACCACCACCUUAUCUCCGUCUGCCAUGAAGAGAAGACGAGCAUCCCCUCUCCUCCAACUCCACCAUCUUCUUGUCCUCCUCCUCCUCCUCCUAUUUGGAGCGGCAGAAGGCGGCCUAUGGAAGCGAGAACAGAAAGAUUUUCCAAGAAUCAUUGGAGGAAUAGAUGCAAAACCUGGAGAGUUCCCGCAUCAGGUAUCGGUGCAGCACAGAGGGUUCCUGGGCUCAAGACAUGUGUGUGGAGGCACCAUACUAACAGAACAGCACAUUCUCACUACUGCUGACUGCGUUGACGACUUCACGGUGGCUAGUCUGUCAGUAGUGGCGGGCGUCGUCAGCCUGGAAGAUCAUGGGGAAAAUCGGCAAGUGAUACAGAUCGAUGCAGUGAUCCCUCAUGAGGACUUCAACGUCGUCACUCACUCCAACAAUGUGGCCAUCCUGAAGUUAAAGGAACCACUGGCACUAGGAGACUUGGUGCAGCCUCUGUCCCUGCCGCCUGAUGGAGAGGUCGUCCCUGAGAACACACUCUGCACUGUAAUUGGCUGGGGUGCCAUCUUUGAAACUGGGGAUUACUAUAAGGAGCUACAGAAGGCAGAAAUGACCACCCUAACAGACGAGGCAUGUAGGGCGUCAUAUGGCGCCAUGGCCAUCGAGGACUCCAUGAUGUGUGCUGGUUUGCCGUCAGAAGAGGUUGACACUUGCGAUGGUGACGAGGGAGGGCCGCUCCUCUGCAUGGGGCACCUGCACGGCAUCACCUCCUGGGGCCAGGGUUGCUUGCAGUCCUACUACCCCCGAGUGUUUACAGAGGUGGCCUGCUACAAGAGUUGGAUCAUGAUGUAUAUUUCAGCUGAUCUUAGUUAGCUUGCAGCAAUUACUCUGUGCAUUAAAUACCUGCCUUAUUAUAUUUUUAUGUCGGACUGAAGGACUCAGCACUGUAGCUGAUUGUUAUUUCUUAUUUUCUAAUAAUGCGUAUCUUAUACAAAACCUCCAAAAAUUUUGUAAUAAUAUUAAUGCCGUUACCAAAGAGUGAAGCAAAAAUAUUUUGCAAAAAUUUAUCAAGUUUUGGAAUUACAACAGAUUCCUAACCUUGAUUAUACAAAUGACUGUUCAAUAGUAUGAAGAAACACUACAGUUGAAAUUCUUGUGUCUCAUUGUCAAGGUGUAAUCCCUCUGGCAUGUGCAGUGUAUGUACUUAUUGCUAAUGAUGACUGGAAUAGCUUGAACUUUCUUGUGGAUGGAAGGAUAUUCCCUGGAAGUUAUAGAGGAGACCAAUAAUAUAUAAAAGAAAAAUUCUACAAAACACAUGUAUAUUCACAGGUACAUAAUAUGGCUCUGCUUCUGUUUUUCUUUGAAUGAGUGUAUAUCUUACAAUAUUACAUAUUACAUGCUAUAUAAACAUUCAAAGACUAACCAACUUUGACCAAAACAUGCUUACAAUCAUGUGGAUAAGAAAUGUUUGACUAAGAUUACAAUUUUGAAUAACAAUAGAUUUACUUU